UUGUUCUACGCCCCGGAACAAAAGACUUUUGUUAAGAGUGUAUAUAUGAAACCUGGCUCUGCUGCCUGGUAAUUGCUAUCUAUAACUUUUUCUGCAGCAACCACGUCUCGGCUGCGGAACUCUAAUUUUAGGUAUGGAACCAUAUAUCAGUAAUAGGAAAGUUCUGCAAAAUACAGAUAUUUCUACCCAGCGGUGGCAGAUCUAAAGUCUGUUGUAUGAAGCCAUCGAUGUUCGAGUUUUGUAGCCUCAAUUGUACUUUGAUGAAAAAAAGGCAGAAGAAAGAAACCCAAGCGUGCGAUUACCUUAUCUCCGGUACCAACCCAAAAGUUGGUAAAUUCUAAAACUGAAAGUUAAGACGGUCACAUCAGCUGAUUCCCCCUAUUCACAGCCGGUAGACCGACCUGCCUUGGCAGCACUUGCCCACAAUUGCCCAUAGGUAAUUUAUAUAAUCGCAUUGCUUAGCUAAUCGCAUGGCUUAAAUAAUCGCAUGCGCAAGCCCCCACUCGCAGCCCAAAAUUCGGAUUUCACAAGCACCUGAGGUGGGAUAUAAAGCACCGUAUUCCCCAAAAUAACUAUUUUCUAUACCAUAAAAUGUCUCCAUCAGCAGAGAAAACAGAAUUGCACUCCACUGGAUCUACCCGGUCCACCCGGUCAGGCAAGUCGUCGGCUCCCCUGACCACCACCUCCAAUAGCCCAUUGAAAUAUACUCCAGUGGAAGAGAUUCCCGUUAAAGUCAAACAAUUGGUAAACAAUUUCCAUGAACACCACAAACUCCACCCUCUUCAAUCGCGUGUAAACCAAUUGAGAAACGUGUAUUUUGCUAUCAAGGACAACGAAGACUUGAUUUGUGAAGCAUUGGCCAAAGACUUCCACAGAUCACCUUUUGAAACUCAGUCAUUGGAAAUGUGUGUGCUCUUGAACGAGAUUUUACACACAAUCUCGUCGUUGCAUAAGUGGAGCCGGCCCGAGAAGGUUCACGACUUGACCAUCAAUGUCGCCACACAACCGGUGUACAUUGAGCGUAUUCCGUUUGGAGUGGUUUUGGUGAUGUCUCCAUUCAACUAUCCACUUCUUCUUACAGUUUCGUCCCUUGUGGGGGCUAUUGCCGGGGGAAACAGCGUGGUGUUGAAAUUACCCGAAUCCACUCCUCACUUUUCCCUGUUGUUGACGUCUCUUUUGAAGGAUGCCUUGGAUGAAGACAUCUUCUACGUGGUCAAUGGAGCCAUUGCUGAGACCACGGCGGUAUUGGACCAAAAAUUUGACAAGAUUAUGUACACAGGAUCGACUGUUGUUGGUAAGAUUGUGGCUAAGAAGGCGGCCGAGACCUUGACUCCGGUGCUUUUGGAAUUGGGAGGAAAGUCUCCUGGGUUCGUUUUGAACGACGUCAAAGACUCGCAGUUGGCAACGGUCGCGAAAAGAAUCUUGUGGGGAAAAUUCAGCAAUGGCGGCCAGACGUGUGUAGCCAUCGAUUACCUUUUGGUGGACGACGCUAUCAAGGAUAAAUUGAUAAAGGCAUUGUUGGAACAAGCGGAGUUGAUGUUUCCUGGAAUCGACUCCGAAUCUGACUGGACCCAUUUGAUCCACGAUCGGGCAUUUGGAACUUUGAUCGAUACCAUCAAGAAGACAGAUGGUACUAUCAUUUACGGAGGCCAGUCUGAUGAAAAGACCCGGUUCAUUGCUCCUACCAUCAUUGACAAUGUCAAGUUCAACGACUCGACCAUGAGACAGGAAAACUUUGGUCCGGUUCUUCCAAUCAUCUCGUACUCAGAUUUGACAUCUGUUUUGAAGAGCGUGAUUCAAUCCCACGAUUGUCCUUUAGCACAGUACAUUUUCACCGGAGGAAAGACCAGCCGGGCAAAUCCUCAAAUUGACCAGAUCUUGACGUACCUUCGUUCAGGUGGUACUCUUAUCAAUGACACUUUGGUACACGUUGCCUUACCAAAUGCUCCAUUUGGAGGUAUUGGUAACUCCGGUACUGGAUCAUACCACGGCUAUUUUUCUUUCAGGGCAUUCACUCAUGAAAGAACUACCAUUGAGCAGGCUUUGUGGAACGACUUUUUGUUGAAGUCCCGUUAUCCACCAUUUUCUGAUAAGAAGGCUGCUUUUAUCAAGAACUCAAUGGCACCACAAAGAGAGUGGUUUGAUAGGACAGGUAAUGUCAAAUCCACUGGACCCUCGAUAUUCUAUAAGGUCUAUGAUGCGAUUGCCACUGCCACCAGCAUUGGUUAUACCGCAAUCGCUAAUAGGGUUUAGUCUAUUUAGUGUAUUUAGGUAAUGAGAAAAUUGAUUUGGC